AUGAAGUUUCAAAUCGACGACCUGCCUAUUAUCUUCCCUUACGACCGAAUAUACCCAGAACAAUAUGCGUACAUGUGUGAUCUCAAGAGGACCCUCGACGCUACGGGUCAUUGUGUUCUGGAAAUGCCUUCAGGGACCGGGAAGACGGUGUCCUUGCUCUCUCUCAUCGUUUCAUACCAGCAAUUUUAUCCUACCAAACGGAAAUUAAUAUACUGUUCACGAACGGUUCCCGAAAUCGAGAAGGCGCUCGCUGAAUUGAAGAGGUUGAUGGAGUACCGCCUUUCUUGCGCGGAGACUGAGGAAGAGAAGCAGAAGGAGCGCAAUUUCUAUGGCAUCGGGUUAACAAGUCGGAAGAAUUUGUGUAUUCAUCCAGAAGUAUCCAAGGAAAAGAAAGGCAAGGUCGUGGACGCUCGAUGUCGAGAUCUCACCAACUCUGCUGUCUGCGAAAAGGGUCGUCAGGACCCAGGAUCAGUGGACCUGUGCGACUGGCAUGAGAACUUGGGCAAGUUGGAGCCUGGCAAUCUCAUACCGCCUGGAGUCUGGACUCUGGCCGAUGUUCUGCAGCAUGGUCGUGACAACCGUAUAUGCCCGUACUUUUUGGUCCGAAGAAUGAUGCCGUUCGUUGAUGUUGUUGUAUAUUCAUUCCACUAUCUCCUUGACCCCAAAGUUGCCGAGCAAGUCUCGAAAGAGAUGUCAAAAGACGCCAUCGUCGUUUUCGACGAGGCUCACAAUAUAGACAAUGUCUGCAUGGAGUCUCUGAGCAUCGAUCUGACACGACCGAUGCUCGACUCGGCUACAAGAAGUGUUGGUAGGUUGGGUGAGAAAAUUGACGAAAUUAAGAAGACCGAUGCUUCUAAAUUGCAAGAUGAAUAUGCCAAACUCGUCGAAGGUCUCCAAGAAGCAUCGGCCGAUGAAGACGCAUUCAUGACCAAUCCAGUGCUACCUGAAGAUCUACUGAAGGAAGCGAUCCCUGGCAACAUCCGCAAGGCCGAGCACUUCGUCGCAUUCCUGAAACGUUUCGUAGAGUAUCUCAAGACUCGCAUGCGUGUUCUACACGUGGUAGCAGAGACGCCGCUUUCAUUUCUGCAGCAUCUGAAGGACAUUACGUACAUCGAACGGAGGCCGCUGCGCUUCUGUGCGGAACGUUUGCAAUCACUAGUCCGUACUUUGGAGUUGAGCAGGCUUGAUGAGCACUCUUCCCUGCAGAAGGUUGCCAGCUUUGCCACAUUAGUGGCGACAUAUGAAAAGGGGUUUCUUCUGAUCCUUGAACCUUUCGAGACUGACAACGCGACCGUUCCUAAUCCAAUUUUCCAUCUUACAUGCCUUGACCCUGCUAUCGCAAUCAAGCCCGUGUUUGAGCGGUUCAGUAGUGUCGUGAUCACUUCCGGCACGAUCUCGCCUCUGGAUAUGUAUCCAAAAAUGUUACAGUUCACGCCAGUUGUACAGGAGUCCUAUUCUAUGACGCUCACCCGCAGUUCAUUCUUACCUUUGGUCAUAACGCGAGGCAGUGACCAAGUCGCUAUCAGCUCUCGUUUCGAAGUCAGAAACGAUCCAGCCGUCGUGCGCAAUUUUGGAAGCAUUCUUAUCGAAUAUACCAAGAUUGUACCCGAUGGUAUUGUUGCUUUUUUCCCAAGUUAUCUUUACAUGGAAUCGAUCGUGGCAGCAUGGAAUGACAUGGGCAUUCUAAAUGAAGUCUGGAAGCACAAGCUGAUUUUUGUGGAGACUCCAGACGCCAACGAGACGAGCAUUGCAUUGGAGAAUUAUCGCAGAGCAUGUGAUAAUGGCCGGGGCGCUGUGCUCCUGUCCGUGGCUCGUGGAAAAGUAUCUGAGGGUAUUGAUUUUGAUCACAAUUAUGGGAGAGCGGUCAUCAUGUUCGGCGUUCCAUAUCAGUACACCGAAAGUCGUAUCCUGAAAGCGCGACUCGAGUAUUUGAGAGAUGCUUAUCGCAUCCGAGAGUCAGAAUUCCUCGGUUUCGAUGCCAUGCGGACUGCCGCCCAGUGUGUAGGACGCGUCCUCCGUGGUAAGACGGACUGGGGGCUGAUGGUCUUUGCCGAUAAGCGAUUCGCACGUGCGGAUAAGCGCGCAAAGUUGCCUCGCUGGAUAAAUCAAUACAUCACGGAGACUGCCUCUAAUCUGUCUACGGACAUGGCUCUGUCACUCUCAAAAUUGUUCAUGCGCACCAUCUCCCAGAAUCCGAACGAGAACCAGACGGGCAUUUCCUUGUGGACGUUGGAGGAUGUCGAGAAAGCACAAGCAAAGCAAAAGGCUCUCGCGUUGGAAACCGAACAGCAGCAGCAGCAGCAGCAGCAGCAGCAGCAACAGCAGCGCGACGAAGCCAUGGACGAGGACGAUUAUUACGGGGACGGGGGAUUGGACGACGAAGUCCUCGGACAGAUUGAUCUAGAUGUUUAG